AUGUAUCCGUCCAAGCCUAGCGAGCUGGCCGGGGCGGCGCCGGUGACCGGCAUCCCCGUCGGCGGCCCAGCCGCCGCCUCCCAGUGGUCCUCCGGCCUCUUCGACUGCUUCGACGACUGCGGCCUCUGCUGCCUGACGUGCUGGUGCCCGUGCAUCACGUUCGGUCGCGUCGCGGAGAUCGUGGACCGUGGCGCGACGUCGUGCGGCACGGCGGGGGCGCUCUACGCGCUGCUGGCCUACUUCACGGGCUGCCAGUGGAUCUACUCCUGCACGUACCGCGGCAAGAUGCGCGCCCAGUUCGGCCUCCCGGACACGCCCUGCUGCGACUGCUGCGUCCACUUCUGCUGCGAGACGUGCGCGCUCUGCCAGCAGUACAAGGAGCUCAAGGCCCGCGGAUUCGACCCCGUCAUCGGCUGGGACCUCAACGCCGCCCAGAGGGGCGCCGCCGCCGCCAUGUACCCGCCGCCGGCACAGGGGAUGGGACGCUGA